CACAACUUAUAAAGACAUUCAUAAAGUUUCCAUAAACCCAAUGUAGAUGCUUACUUUUCCUUUAUCUUACUUCACCUGUAAUUAACUAAUGUUGGUUCAAGACAACAAAUAAUGAUUUACAAUGACAGCCUUGUGAGUGUGGCUGUGUGUGUGUAUAAAAAAGAAAGCUUGGUUUUUACCACCGGUUGGCAAGAAGUGAUUGGACAUUAUCAGGUAAUUAGUCAAGUUAUUUUAAUAACCUGAACGUGGAUCAACGUGGCGGUAAGGCCUCUUCAGACAUUGAUAAUGAUCAAUCCACAGAUUAGUUCCAUAACUUCAUUAUAACUUGCUAGGCCAUUUGAUUUGGAUUGUGCCCACAUCUACCAUAAUCUAAUGAUAAGUGUUCAGGAUAAGCCGAAAUGGAAGUAUCAGAGAGGCGUGGGUUGGUUAGCAUGCUAAUAAAACUCUUAUUUUUAUAUUCAAGACACUGGGUUUGAUAUGGUAUUUACAAUGGUAGUUUAAUGCUAUAUCCUGAAAAAAAUGGUUUGGGAUUUACAUUUUUUUGUGGGGGUAUAGUACGUAAAAAUCAUAGUUGCGGCAUCCGGGUGUCCACUACAGAGGACAUUUCUUGAUAAUCUCUUAUUUAGCUCUUAUUUAAUGUGAACAAAUUAUAACACAGGCCUGACAACUCACUUAACUAUUUCUGAUAUAUUUACUUACUAGAAACAAUUUGAAUAUCAAACUCACAAAAAUGAUAAUAAUUACACACACUUCUUUUCAAAUUUCCAUAAAAUGUGCACAUUUUUACCUUUUUUUAAGAACCAGGGCUCAGAUUCACAAAAAAAAACUAUUUUGUAAAAAAUAUGUAAGAUAAAGAACUUCAUAAGAUAGUUUGUAAGUGCAAUUCCUCAAUAAUAUCCUCAGAUGUAAUUUUUUUUUUUAUGAACUUCUCAAAUAUCUUCUUAGGAAUAUUCUUAAGAUUUUUCUUGCUAGGCAACCAAUUUAGCUAGCUAUCUAGCUAGCAAUUAGCAUAUUUCUUGCUGAGAUUACGUUUCUAAAACCUGUUCUUGGGUUUAAAAGAAUCAAUACUGAAAAUUUCAGAUGAAGUUUGUGAGUGAAUGAAACAUGUUCAAUUGCUUUCAAUUGCUUUUUCUCUCACUGCCCUGAAUUUAAUACACGGGUUUAGCUAUCUUGGAAUUAAGAAAAUUAGAUUCUUGAAAAUAAAUUUAAUCUUGACUUUCUGUGCAAGAACAUUUCCAAUAACCUUUUUAGGGAAUAGCAACUUUGCUUAACUUUCUUCUUAAGUCUAUAGUUAAGGAAAAAAUGGCAUUUAAGAAGAAAUGUCUUCUUAAUAAGGUUUUGUGAGUCUGGCCCCAGGAAGAUAAAGUUGUCAAGGUCACGCCCCCACAUAUGUGAUAUGAUUGAAAAGCCCAGAAUGUCUUCUCAAAAGGACAACAGGACUUAAUACAGAGAUAUGCACAGGGAACUGAUGUCCACUAGAGAGGACAAAAAUGAAUUGCUUUGUCUCAGGAGGAUUAAAACAUGUGGCCCUGUUCCCUCUCCCUGAGGAGUUGCGUAGUCGUGAGUUCUGGCGUGCCAUGCUGGCCGAGCUGCUGGGUUCCCUGGUGUUUGUGAGUGCUGUUCUGGGGGCCUCUGUGCCGGGCCCUGGAGAGGCCUCCACGGGGCCCCUCUACCCAGCCCUGGCUGCAGGCAUGGUGGCUGUUGCCCUGGGACACUGUUUUGGAGAGAUCAGCGGAGCCCAGGUGAACCCAGCAGUUACCCUGUCUCUGUUGGCCACGCGGAGGCUGGACCUGGUGAGGGCCCUGGUGUACGUGGGAGCCCAGUGUCUGGGGGCUUCCCUGGGGGCCGGGGCUCUCUAUUUCGCCCUGCCCCUCAAAACCAACGCAGACUGCUUCGUCAGCAGGGUUCCUCUCGAGGUGAACGCGGCCCAGGCUCUAGGGAUGGAGCUUCUGGCAACGUUCCAGCUGGUCUUCACUGUGUUCUCUGUGGAGGACCACCGUCGGAGGGAAAACACAGAACCAGGGAACCUGGCCAUCGGCUUCUCUCUCAGCGCAGGCGUGCUCAUUGGGGGUCGGUUCUCUGGAGGCAGUAUGAACCCGGCACGUUCCCUGGGUCCAGCCAUCAUCACUGGCUUCUGGGAAAACCACUGGGUGUACUGGAUUGGACCGGUGCUGGGUGCAGUGCUGGCCGGGGUGUCCCAUGAGUUCUUCUUUGCCCCCAGUGCAUCGAGGCAGAAGCUGGUUGCGUGUCUGACCUGUAAGGACAUAGAGAUGGUGGAGGCAACCAGCGUAUCCCGGUCCUCCCUGUCCACCGUCACCCAGACCGCCAUGAGGGCUAAGCAGGUCAACAAACAGGAGCAAAACUAGAAAGGGACACAUCAUGCUACACAACAAUAUAUAGUGGGGUCUGAAAUUAUUGACACCCUUGAUAAAGAUGAGCAAUAAUAACAGUAUAAAAUAAAUGAUUCAAAUAAUGAGCUAAAUUGACUUCAGAAAGUAUUCAUACCCCUUGACCUAUUCCACAUUUUACAGCCUGAAUUAAACCUGGAUUCAAUAGAUGUUUUUCUUACCUAUCUACAUACAAUACCCCAUAAUGACAAAGUGAAAACCUGUUUUUAGAUUUUUUUUUGCUAAUUUAUUGAAAAUGAAAUACAUAAAUAUCUCAUUUACAUAGGUAUUCACACCUCUUUGCUAUGACACUCCAAAUUGAGCUCAGGUGCAUUCAAUGUCCUUUGAUCAUAUCUUGAUGUCACUACAACUUGAUUGGAGUCCAACUGUGGUCAAUUCAAUUGAUUGGACAUGAUUUAGAAAGAAACACACCUGUUUAUAUAAGGUCCCACAGUUGACAGUGCAUGUCAGAGUAGAAACUAUACCAUGAAGUCCAAGGAACUGUCCGUAGAUCUCUGAGAUAGAAUUGUGAUGAGACAGAUAUCUGGGGAAGGGUAUAAAAUAAUUUCUAGAGUGUUGAAGGUUUCCAAGAGCACAGUGGUCUCCACCAUUGGGAAAUUGAAAAAAUAUGUAACUACCUAGACUCUGACUAGAGCUGUCCGUCUGAUCAAACUGAGCAACCAGGCAAGAAGGACCUUGGUCAGGGAGGUGACCAAGAACCUAAUGACCACUCUGACAGAACUACAGAGUUCCUUGGCUGAGAUGGGAGAACCUGCCAGAUUGCUAAGUCUCUACAGCACUUCAUCAAGUUGGGCUUUACGGGAGAGUCGCCAGACAGAAGCCACUCCUGACAAAAAGGUAAAUGACAGCACACAAAAAAGUUUGCAAAAAGGCAAAAGAAUCUGUCGUCUGAAGAAACAAAAACGUUACUCUUUGGCCUGAAUGCAAAGCGCUGUGUCCAGAGAAAACCAGGCACAGCUCAUCACCCAUCUAACAUCAUCCCUACCGUGAAGCAUGGUGGUGGCAGCAUCAUGCUAUGGGGAUGCCUUUCAGCGGCAGGGACUGGGAGACUGGUAAGGAUAGAGGGAACAAUGAAUGAAGCCAAACACAGGCAAAUCCUUCAUGAGAACCUGCUUCAGAGUGCAAAAGACCUUAGACUGGGGCAAUGCUGGAAUGGCUUCAGAACAAGAAUCCUUGAAUCCUAUUGAAAGUCUGUGGAAAGAUUGCUGUUCACCGCCACUCCCCAUCCAAUUUAACAAAGCUUGAAAAAAGAAUGGGUGAAAAUCCACAAAUUCAGAUGUGCAAAGCUGAUACCGACAUACCCAAGAUGACUCAAAGCUGUAAUCACCGCCAAAGGUGCUUUUACAAGGUAUUGACUCGGAGGUGUGAAUAGUUAUGUAAAUGAGAUAUUUCUGUAUUUCAUUUUACAAUACAUUUGCAAAAAUUUAUAAAAACAUGUAUUUUACUUUGUCAUUAUGGAGCAUUGUGUGCAGAUCGGUGAGAAAAAAAUCUAUUUAAUCAAUUUUGAAUUCAGACUGUCACACAACAAAAUGUGGAAUAAGUCAAGGGGUAUGCAUACUUUUUGAAGUGCCAAUAAAAAAAGGGAAAAUUAUAUUAUUUUAUACUAACACAAUUGCACAGAGAAAGAGAUUUAGUUUAGCAAGUAAUGUUUUUUCCCCUAAAAAAGGUGGGUAAAAGUUAUUGACUCAUCUAAAGAGUCUUGGAAAUAAAGUAGUCAAAAGUUUGGUAUUUUGUCCCAUAUUCCUACCAUGCAAUGAUUACAUCAAGCUUGUGACUUUACAAACUUGUUGGAUGCAUUUGCAGUUUGUUUUGGUUGUGUUUCAGAUGAUUUGUGUCCUAAAGAAAUUCAUGGUAAAUAAUGUUGUGUCGUUUUGGAGUCACUUUUAUUGUAAAUAAGAAUAGAAUAUGUUUCUAAACACUUCUACAUUAAUGUGGAUGCUACCAUGAUUACGGUAAUCCUGAAUGAAUUGUGAAUAAUGAGUGAGAAAGUUACAUAGGGUCAAAGAUCAUACCCCCAAGACACGCUAACAUCUCACCUUUACGGAUAACAGGGGACGUUAGUAUUCCUUGGGGGGUAUGCCCUUUGACCCUAUGUAACUUUCUCACUCAUCAAUAUUCUACAAUUCACUCGAAAGACAAGGCACUCUGGGAAAUAUGCAAAUAACACUUUACACUAAGCAGUGUAUUAAUUUAACACUGAAAAGUGUGGACCUGUAUAGACACUGGACCAGUGUUUAAUUUAACACUGGAGAAUGUUCUGUGUACAUUAGCAUAAGAUAAAUGCAAUAUUAUAAACUGGGUGGUUCGAGCCCUGAAUGCUGAUUGGCUGACAGUUGUGCUAUAUCAGACCGUAUACCACGGGUAUGACAAAACAUUUAUUUUUACAUUGGUAACCAGUUUAUUAUAGCAAUUAGGCACCUCGUGGGUUUGUGGUAUAUGGCCAAUAUACCACGGCUAAGAACUGUAUCCAGGCACUCCACGUUGCGUCGUACGACGGCUAAGAACUGUAUCCAGGCACUCCACGUUGCGUCAUGCUUAACAACAGCCCUUAGCCGUAGUAUAAUGGCCAUAUACCACACCCCCAGGCCUUAUUGCUUAAAUAUACAAUAUGAUCAUAUAAUGAUGAAGACAACACAGUUAUAAUUUCUAAAUACAUAUGAAUGUGUAACCUUCACACUUAGCCACAACAUGUAAAAUUGUACAUACAUUAUAGAUCUAUUACACAAUUUUAUCAAUAUUCAGUGUUAUCAGUGAUGUUAUACUAAUUUACGCAGAAAUGUGAUAUAUAACCCAACAACCACUCAAAGAAAUGUCCGUUUUGUAACACAGAAUCCUUUUAUUUUAGCAUUACUCACCCUGUUGUCUGUGAAUGCUUUGAAAUGCUAAAGAGGCUAGCGUUCUGUACUCUGAUCAUUGACACGCUAACAUAGGCCACCAUCGCUGUCAUCUUCCUAAGGCUCGCUCCCCUCGAAGCUCUGUUAUUCUGCUAUUCACUGUCAAAUCAGUCCUCAGACAAGAGCCCUCUAAUGGCCCAGGUGUAAACCGGUUUUGGGAUCAGCUUUUCCCUACCCCCUUCUAAAAGAUUCUUGGGUUUAUAAUUAGCAUUUUGGGGGAUGAUAUACCUUUUGAAUAUAUUUUGGGUUUUGUUACCUGAAUUGUUAUGGAUGUCUCGUUGCAAAUGUACAACUUUUUGAAUUGUUUUUUUGUUAACUCUAUAAAGUUAUGGAUGUUUAAGAAUAAAAAACUGGGCAAUCGUUA